UGAUCUUUGACGGCGGUCUGCAGAUGGUGGCAACGACUGAUGAUUCCUCCGGGACGACCGCCUCAUCCCCGGAGGCGAAAGUUCAACUGACUCUCUACUAUCAUCGAUACUCGUUCUACUCCCAAAAGGUUCUCCUGGCGUUGUACGAGAAAAAAUUGGACUUCAAACUUCGCGAGGUUGACAUAACUCGGGGGGAGCAAUACGGAGCCUGGUUUCUGGGGUUGAAUCCACGCGGGGAAGUCCCGGUACUCCAAGACGGUGAUAAAAUAAUACCAGAGUCGGUUCGUAUAAUCGAUUACCUCGAGGAUCAUUUCACCGGUGACAAUGUGCCAUCCCUUGUUCCGUUGGAAGCCUCGAGCAAACAAAAGAUUCUCGAGUUGCGUAAGGUGCUCGAUCAGCUUCCCGGAAAUGUGUUGACCGUUGGCUCGUUUCAUCAUAAAAAAUACGUCGACAAACCGAAGCUGCCGUUCAUUGGACCCGUACGGUGGCUGUUGUCGCGUGCCGAAGAAACCAGCGCUGAAACUCUGCGCAUAAAUGCCGAAAAAAUUCCAGCAGCGCGCGAAGUUCUCCUGAGAAAAGCCGCCGCCCAGGAAAAAACCCACGAAAUCGUUCAGGACAAUGAUAAAUUCAACGACGCCUUGGCCCAGGUUGAAACGGCGCUCGAAAAAGUAGAGGAAGCCUUGAAACCAGGCCCGUGGCUUGGCGGCGAACAGUUUACCGUUGCUGAUGUCUCCCUGGCUGUUUUGUUAGAGAGGAUGUCGGGUCUGGGUUUGGACGGGAGACUUUGGGGCACUAGGACAGAGAUCAAAAAUUAUUACGACAGACUGCAGCAAAGGGAAAGCUUCAAGGCAGCCGUUCCAAGAGGCUGGUUACCCCUGCUCUCUCUGGCUCAAUGGCAAACACCAGCCACUGUAACGGCCGUCUGUUCAGCCGUCAUUGCCGGAUUUUUUUUGUUCAAGAAGAGGCACUGACGCUCUUAUCUCGUUCCGCCAAUCAAUUAAAGAUAUGCAUAAAAUCCGAUAUUUGCGAAUUAGGAAAUAGAGUGACGUUUUAGACGUUUAUGUAUGUGUGUAUAUAUAUAGAUAUGAUAUUAUAAAUAUACUGUGCACAAAGUUCUGUGAUAUUCGUUGAAAACGUUUUGUCAAAGUAUCCUCAGAACUCGAACAAUACAUUUUCCAAUCUUUGCAAUCCUUAGGAAACCCUAUGUCCAACAAUAAUAAUGGUAAUCAUAAUGAAAGCAAUUCGCAGAUUUUAAACAGCUAUAAUCUGAUACCCCUAAUACGUUAACGGAAGAAUUUCAGGACUGUUGCUCCUGGGCAAAUUUUUGUAACCAAUGUUCUACCGAUAAGUGAAACUAAGGCCAUAAGAAGCCGUGUUAGCGAUCAGGUAGCCUCUUUACCGGUAGCAGCAGUUUAACACGAAAUCACAUAAGACACAAAGUUAAUAGGGUUAUCGUCUUUAGUCACCGAUUUAUGCAUCAUCAUUAUUGUCGAUAAAGGUGUAUCGAUAAUGAUAAUAUAAAGUCCGAGUCAUGUCGUAUUUUCUAUUAAUUAUUCAUGAUAGAUGAAUUGCAAAAUGAAAUCACCUACUACAUAUUCUAAAUGGAAAUAAUUCAGAUUGUAUAGAAAACCUAUAGACAUCAGUGAUAAAAUAAAUUUAUUAUUCAAGAAAGAUAGUAUAGAUUUAUUAUAGACUAUCCUUAGUUACCAAACAACUAAAAUAGUUUCGCAUUGCCCAGUACACAUUGGUUAAUUAAUGAAAAUCUGUCUCAUAAUCAGGUUCAGGAAGAUCACGGGGUCGUGAAUUUGUGACAAUAAACAAAAUUAAGAAACGUAUA